AUGACGUAUUGUUUAUCAUGCGAUGCACGGUAUUACUUGUCAUCCACCUUCACAUGUGAACCACUUGGCAAUUUGUUUACUAAAUGUGAAUUGACUCUGCCGACGGGUGGUGGGUGUGCAAUUUGCAAAGAGAAUUAUUACAAACAAAAAGCUGAUUGUAUAUCUUGUGAUGAGUCGUGUGGUACUUGUGUUGAUAGCACUUCUUGUUUGACUUGUCAAAAUGAAUAUUUCAGACUUUCAGGAAGUAAAAGUAAAUUGUGUGUGUCAUAUGACAACUUGACUAAGUGCAUAACAACAACGCCGAUCGGGUGUCUGAAGUGUGAGGAUGGACAUUACUUGUAUGAUUACAUUUGCAAGAGUUGUUCUGAUAACUGCAUCUCGUGUGACAACUAUCAAAACUGUAACAAUUGCAUUGCAAACGACUAUGUGUUGGUUGACUUACAGUGUGUGAAUUAUAAAAAUGUCGAAUUUUGUCUGUCUGCGAAUAAUUCAAAGUGCACAGAAUGUGAAGGGUUUCACAAACCAAGUGAUGCCGGUGAUUAUUGUGUCAAAGAGACAAAUUAUGGGUUGGUUGUUGGUGUUCCAUUAUCAGUCACUUUUGUGAUGAUAGUGUUUAUUGUUGCUAUUAUAAUGAUAAUCAUAUCAAUGAUACAAAAGAGAAAACAAAAGAAGAAAGAGCAGAACAUUUGCAACUUCAAAAUGAGUCGAUCCAACAUUGAGAUGGUCAAAUUGAGUACAAAUUUGGUGUCUAACAAGACAACACUAAAAUUUGAUUUGGAUGACAACGACCCACUAAAAGUCGACAUUGAAACAAGAGAUUUGAUAUGUAUUGGGAAUGUGUCUAAAAGUAAUUUGAAAGUUCAAUUCAGUGUGAUGGAAGGGUGUGACUAUUAUGAGAUACGAAGUGUGCCACCACUUGUGACAUUGAAGCCCGGAUAUGCCUGUGAGUUUGAGAUAUUCAUCAAGCCGUUGUGUACUUGUGUCACAAAAGAAAGUGUGGCGAUCACUUCGUUAAAUAUAGCAACUGGUGUCAUUGAAAAUGCAAAAAUUGAAAUGGAAAUCGAGACUGAACAAACAACUAAAUUGAAUUACAGAGAAAUAACAGAAGACGAGAAGCUUGGCGAAGGCAGUUUUGGAAUUGUCUACAAAGGAAGUUAUAGAGGCGUCUGUGUUGCAAUCAAAAAGAUGAAACAACUUGAUAAUAACGAAAGUGGUCUUGUAGAAUUUGAAAAGGAAGUUGCAAUGCUUGACAAGUUCCGAUGUGAUUACAUUAUCCACUUCUAUGGCGCUGUAUUCAUACCAAGUAAGGUGUGUAUGGUUACCGAAUUUGCAGCAUUUGGGUCACUCUAA